AUGAUUGAUGUGGCUCCUAUGGAGAUUCGUACCUUCUCGAACUUGGUAAACAAAACAAGGGUGGUUGAAGAGUAUGCCAAGACAGUAGCAGCAUCCAAGGAGACUCAUGGAGGAACAUCUAGCAAGGGACGUGACAAGUAUUUUCAUCCAAGGGGUCAAGGCUUCAAGAGAGGAGGCUAUGCACCUCAAGGUCAAGGAGGUUUCAGAAAGAACACUCAUGAUCAGUUUCAGCGUGGCAAAGGGAGAGGAAAUCAGAGUAAGAAUUCUCCGAAUUUAGCUUGUGAUCGUUGUGGACGUUUUCAUCCAUAUAACUCUUGCAAGAUUGGUUUAGGUGGUUGCUUCAAUUGUGGCUUGCCUGGUCAUAUUGCGAGGGAUUGCACUCGUGGGAGGAACCAGAGUGCGGUUGAGGAACUAGGUUUGAAAGUGUCAGAGUUACCAUUUGAUCUACAUGUACAUACUCCGCAUCAGACAGUCAUAACUAGGUCAGGUUGUAGGCAAGUAGGAUUCAAACUUCAGGGUAAAGACUUUGUGCAUGAUUUGAUUUGUUUACCAAUGGUUGGGUUGGAUAUGAUUUUAGGGUUUGAUUGGUUGUCGAAGAAUCGGGUUUUGUUGGAUUGCUUUGAACAGACAAUUCGGUUUAUGCUGGAAGGAGAAAGUGGAGUAGUGAUAGCGGAAGGUUACUACUUGAACUCAGUAAUGGUGCACUGUAGUGGGGAAGAGUGUCACGGUUACAUCUUGUUAACUGCUAAUGCUUUGGGGGAUUCCCAGAACUUAGAUCAGAUUCUGGUAGUUAGAGACUUUUCGGAAGUAUUCCCAGAGGAUAUUCCUGAGUUUCCACCUCAAAGGGAGAUUGAAUUUGCGAUUGAAUUGGUACUGGGAGCUGGACCAGUGUCGAUUGCACCGUAUAGGAUGGCUCCGAUAGAGCUGGCUGAACUAAAGUCUUAG